AUGAGCAUCGUUUUUACCAUUAAUGGAAAACUGUAUCAAGUUUCGGAAGAUAUUCCAGCGGACACCUCACUUACCACUUUCAUCAGAAAUCAUGCUCAUCUCAGUGGGACCAAGUUUAUGUGUCUCGAGGGGGGAUGUGGAGUUUGCAUCGUUAAUAUCACCAAGAAGCAUCCCGUAACACAUGAAAGAAUUUCUUACUCUGCCAAUUCUUGUUUGAUUUCGAUCUUUUCCUGCCAUGAAACGGAAAUCCUUACCGCGGAAGGGCUGGGCUCGCGGGCCGAUGGCUAUCAUCCCAUUCAGCGGAGGCUAGCAAUGUUCAAUGGAAGUCAGUGUGGAUUUUGUAGUCCCGGAUUUGUGAUGAGUAUGUUCAGUAAGUUGCGUGGCAAUCCAAACGCUAGACCGUCGAUGGAAGAACUUGAAAAAUCCUUGGAUAGCAACAUCUGCCGUUGUACCGGAUACCGACCCAUUUUGGAUACAUUCAAGUCUUUUGCCAGUGAUGCUGACGAAAAACUGCGUAGUGUUUGCCAAGAUGUAGAGGAUUUGGAACCGAGAUAUGACAAAGUGUGGUACAUAGCGCGCUCGUUAAGUGAUAUUCUAUCGAUAUUGAAAACAGAAAGCAACAGGCCUUACAUGCUGGUUGCUGGCAACACUGGCAAUGGGGUGUAUCGAAGAAGCCCCGACUUGGAGGUGUUUAUUGAUGUCAACUUGGUGGAAGAAUUGCGUGGUUACAAAAUUGAACGAAAGCUGACCGUGGGUGCCAACAUUACCUUCACGGAGUUCAUUGAUGUGCUGCGCGAGGCAGCCUCUAAUGAUGUUAACUUCAGCUACUGUCUGCAAAUUGCUGAACACAUGGAAAUGGUAGCGCAUACGGCAGUUCGCAAUGUUGGAACGCUGGCGGGGAAUUUGUGCUUGAAGUAUCAAAAUCCGCAGUUUACUUCGGAUAUUUUCAUCAUACUUGAAGCAGUCGGCGCAAUGAUAACCAUUGUAUCUCCCGAUAACACCGUUGACGUCGUCGCUCCUCUACAGUUUCUCCGCUACAACAUGAAAGGGAAAGUGCUCACGGAAAUCGCUCUUCUACCGCUGGACCCAAAGCUGUUCCGAUUCCAAUCGUAUUCCGUCCAGACCCGGGCCCAGAACGCCAUAGCGCUCGUCAAUGGGGCGUUCGUUCUGAAAAUCGACAACCACGAUACACCAACGAUACAACAUGCGAGCAUCUGCUUCGGCGGAAUUCAUCCAACCUUCACUCACGCUACCAAGACGGAAAGCGAAUUGUUGGGAAAGCAGUUUGGAUCGAAUGAAACGUUGCAACGCGCAUUGGGAGCACUGGAAUCGGAACUGACCUUUGAUUGGGUGCUGCCGGAUCCAUCGCCCGAGUUUCGAAGGUUGGCUGCCUUGGGGAUGUUGUAUCGGCUGUUCUUAAGCAUUGGAUGUCAUGAGGAUGGAUUGGUCGAUCCGAGAUUUGUUUCCGGGAUCGUCCCGAUUGAGCGUCCUCUAUCUUCCGGAUCGCAAUUGUUUGACACUUAUCCUCAGAAGUGGCCGGUUUCACAGUCGAUUCCGAAGGUCGAAGGUCUCAUUCAAACAUCGGCGGAGGCAAAAUAUAUCAAUGAUUUACCUAGUUUUACGAACGAACUUUACGCUUCCUUUGUAAUUGCCACCAAACCGCACAGACGAAUUGUAAGGAUAGAUCCUGGGAAAGCAUUGCAAAUGGAUGGGGUUGAAGCAUUUUUCUCGGCAAAAGAUAUUCCGGGAAAAAAUGAUUUUAUGCCCUUCUACAACGGCAGGAAUCAUUAUUUUCCCUUGGGAUUCAAUAGGGGAAUUACUUUGCGCACCGAUCCGGAGGAGAUAUUCUGUAGCGAGUACGUGCUGUAUCAUGGGCAACCGGUAGGAAUUGUCCUAGCUCGAUCAUUCGAUAUUGCAAAUCGUGCUGCUAGUUUGAUUGAAAUCGAAUACAGCGAAAAAAUGGAAAAGGAAGUUAAGGCAACUUUGGAAGAUAUAUAUGCUACCAAUGCGAAGGAUCGUUUGAUUGAACUACCUCACGGCUUCACAGGGCCAGCUUUUAACGACGGCACGACCGGUAGUUACGAAGCCAACGGAACGUUCCGUCUGGAAGGUCAAUUUCAUUUUUCAAUGGAAAACCAACUCUGUAUUUGUGUGCCUACCGAAGACAACGGGAUGGAUGUAUACACCUCAACUCAAUGGUUACAUCAAGUACAGCUCACGAUUUCGGAGGUCCUGAAAAUUCCGCAAAACACCAUCAACUAUUACUGUACCAGAGUUGGAGGAAGUUUUGGAGCCAAAAUGACUCGUAGCGCCUGGAUUGCUGGUGCAUGUGCCUUAGGUGCCCAUCUAACUAGACGUCCUGUCCGAUUCAUCAUGUCUUUGGAAGGCAAUAUGACAACUGUGGGUAAACGCCAAGGAUUGAUGGUGGAUUAUAAAGUCUCUGUGGAUGAACAAGGGAAAAUUUUAAAACUAAUCAACAAUUUUACCUAUGAUUUAGGUAGCUCUACCAACGAGACAUUAGAUUUCAUUUACCGCGUAGCUUUGGCCAAUUGUUACGAUAACAGCACCUGGAAACUAACUCCAUACGGAGGCAUAACCGAUACAGCCAGUAACAUCUGGUUGAGAUCCCCAGGCUUUGCCGAAGCCAUAUUUUCUAUUGAAACUAUAAUGGAUCACAUAGCCCACCAAUCUAAGCUAGACCCUGUGGCAGUACGGCUUGCCAAUAUCCCAGCAGCAAACAGUGAAAUGACCGAAUUGCUGGCUCAAUUCGUAGUAGAUGUUGAUUAUCACAAGCGAAAAACAGAAAUAGAAAAAUUUAACCAACAAAACAGGUGGCGAAAGCGUGGAAUAGCCAUUGUCCCUGGCAUACACCCCGUCGUCUAUUAUGGAAAUUUCGAUGCCCUCGUGUCGAUACACCAUUUAGACGGAUCAGUUUCGAUAACUCAUAGUGGUGUGGAGCUAGGCCAAGGUAUCAACACUAAAGCAGUCCAGGUGGCCGCAUACACCUUAGGAAUUCCUAAAGAGAAAAUUUCCAUUAAACGUAUAUCAAGCAUAACUUCUCCGAACGGAACGGUGGAAGUGGCCAGCAGCAGCAGCGAAAACGUAGCUAGUGCAGUGAUCAACGCCUGUCAAAUGCUCAUGGACAGAAUCAAACCGAUCCGUGAAAUGAACCCUAGCCUGUCCUGGGAAGCUCUUGCCCAUGCAUGUUUCGCUGCCAACAUCAGCCUCACGGCCCAUUACGCAACCAAUCUUAAUAACUUUUCCGUAUACAAUGUAUCGGCCCUAGCUUGCGCCGAAGUCGAGCUAGAUGUUCUUAGCGGAGCGAUACGCUUAUCUCGAGUAGAUAUCCUAGAAGACACUGGCGAAAGUCUGAGCCCGGGUGUCGACAUCGGUCAAAUUGAGGGAGCCUUUAUUAUGGGAAUCGGGUAUCUUUUAACUGAAAAACUUGUCUAUGACCCAGCUACCGGAGAGCUACUCAACAAUCGGUCUUGGAACUACAAACCCCCCGGGGCGAAAGAUAUUCCAACGGAUUUUCGAAUUAGAUUUCUCAAAAAGGCUUCCAAUCCGGUCGGGGUACUUGGGUCGAAAGCAACCGGUGAACCGGCUUAUAAUUUAGCUAUAUCGGCCUUAAACGCUUUGCGUUAUGCUCUAGAGGCGGCCCGUAAAGACGCUGGUUUGCCGGAUGAAUGGAUUACGCUUGGAAUUUUGUUCUAUGGACAUCACGUUCAAUUUACGUGA